UUUUAGGAACUACACUUAACAUACACUGGUCUAAGCCAGUGAUCAUUAAUGGGUUGUAGCACCCUGGAUGUUGGGCUAUUGGAAGAGAAGAAUAUUGAAUUAGAUGAAUACAAACAUAGAAUUCAAGAUGCUGUGCAAAACAUGGGAGCUUCAUAAACAAGCUGAGCAUGAACUAAGGACUGAGAUGUCAGCAUUGGAGAAGAGAUAUAAGUUGGAACUUAAUGCUGUGAAUGCAAAUAUGGAACAACUAAGGAAAGAUUUUGAUCACGAUCUUAUGCAGUACAAGGAGGAAAUUCACCAGCAUUCGAUAACCAUCGUAUCAUUAGAGGAAAAGUUACAACAAUUAAACCACAAGCGAAAGGAAGCUGAAGAAAAGAUUAAAAGAAUUGAAGGAAGAAAAAACAAAUCAGAGUCACAACAUAGGGAAGCCACCCAUGUUCCCCAACGAACAUAUGAAGCAACAAACAAAGAUGUUACGAUACUUGAACAAACUAUUGAUGCUCUUAAACUUGAGUUGUCUCACUCUCACAGACAACUACAGGUCCAGCAAGACACGAUCCUUGGUUUGAAGCGAGAUUUAUCCGGCGCACAAUCUCGUAUGUCGGACAUGAUCGGGGAACUUAGUGAGUCUCAGAAACAAGAACUGGAACAUAACAGAAAUCUUGUCAAGAAUCAGGAAGUUGAAUUGAACGAAAUACGCCAACAGUUGUUGAAAAUGUCAGGGUUGGUCGACUCGCAAAAAGAACAAAUCAGAUUGUCGCAAGAACAACUGAGAUUAAAUGAAACCAAACUGAGGGAAACUAACAGCACGGCAACUGAGCUUGACCUAAGUUUAAAAGAGCAACACAAACAACAAGAGAUGGAAAGAAAAGAAUUGGAGAAGAAAAAUAAAAUCAAGGAGAAAGAAGGAAAACUAAGUUCCGAGUUGUCAUCCAUGGGAGCCCAAUGUCGUGGGGAAAGACACGAAGAUGUGAUCUUAAAACAGAGAGAAGCACUCGCUGAAUUGAGAGCUAGAGUCAAAGCACUUGAACAGAUAAGGCCACCAAUACCAAGCCAAGAGCAAGCCCUCCAACAAGUUAUUCUUCUGAAGAAAGAAUUAUCAGAAAUUCGUGCCAAGCAAGCUAUGGAAGAAGACAAACAAUUUCAACAGAAAAUGUCGCUUGACCAAGAUGUGGUCGAUGCUCAUCAACAAAUCAAGUCAGCUACCACCCAAGCUUCCAUUGAACGAACAACAAGAGAGCAAAUUGAAGAAAGCGUGAAAUGCAGUGAAAGAUGUUACAUGGACCUCAUGAACAGUGUUGGUGGUAUGCUUGGUAUCAAUGCAUUUGAUGGAAUGUCAUCUCUACAACACGCACCACAAGAUGAAAGAGAGAGAUUGUCUGCGAAUCGAAGAGCAGAUCUUGAAAAGAUAACAUUAAGGAUUAAAUCUUUGAUACAGAGGUUGGAUAGAAAGGAACAAUUGUUGCAAGGAUAUGAAAAAGAUCUCACAAAGUUAAGAGAAGCCGAAACUUUUGCUUCCCAAAAGUCCGGGAGACUUGAAGUAAUGUCGCAUGAGUUAAUGGAGAAAGCCGAGGAAGUUAAACAUCUCCGUGAAGCUCUUGUGAGAUGCAGGGAAGCUCUUGAACUUGAGAAGAGGUUGAAUAAGAUGAUUAAACAAAGAAAGACCUUCCAUCUAGAAAAUCUUGACUACAGACAAUCUCCACCUAAAGCUCGAUCUUCUUACCAAGCUGAUGGCAACAGAUUUAAGGCAGAAAAGAAACAACAAAAACAACUUGAAAGAAUGAAACGAAAACAAUAUGAAAUAGAUGUUUUGAAACAGAAAGUUCAUGGGAAAGAAUCAGAUUUAUGUAAAACAACUGCUCGUCUUGUCAACUUAAAAUCAACUCUUUCUGACGAUCCAACAGAUGAAUUAUCGAGUAUUUACAACGAACGAGAAAUGGAAAGAGAAAAUGAUAAAUAUUGUUUUGACUAAGACUGUCUGCACUUCACGAGCAUUUUAAAACAAGUCAUUCUUUUAAAAUAACUGUUUCUCUAAAAGAUUUGUUUGUAUUGAAUCAUAAACUAAAUUCUGUUCUCUUUUUUACUAAAUAUGAAGUUUUGCUCUUACUGUAAUAUUUACUUCUUUUUUAAAUAGCACAUUAUUAAAUUACAAAUUAUAAUACUGUUGUUUUUUGUGGCAUUAAUAUUCAUACCACUGUUUAGUUGUGUCACUGUAGUACAAUGUCAUGUUUACCAAAAUUUGCCAAAUAAUUUUUUUUUGUUUAAAUCUGUAGAAUUUAGAAUGAGAGUAGUACAUUGAAGUUUUCUUAAAAAAAAAUAGGUAACACAAAAAAUUUAAUAAAUUUGCAGGUUUGGUUUUUAAGUAAUUUUGUGUAUAAUCAUGAUAUCUACAGUAACUUAAAAUACGGCGGUAAUUUGUUUUUGCUUUCACAUUUUUUUUAUAGGUUAAUUUACAAUGCUGUGUUUUACGUAAACUUUAAUAAAGUCAAUUUUUACAAUUAUGAAA